AUGGCCGCCACCACAAAUCCUUUUUCUCUUCACCUUCCUAUUAUCAUCUCCAAUCUCCUCUCUCCACCAUCAUUUUUUCCGGCGAAGCAACCACCAUCAAAACUGUUCGCCGCCAGCUUUUCUUCUUUCCAUCAUCCACGAAUCGUCAUCACCACGACCAACCCUUUUCUCCUUUCUAUCGUCCUUCAAUCCAAUCUUUAUUCUCCCUCUCUACUCCUUCAAACCUUGUUUCCGCCGCCGAAACCUUCAUCCAAACCUUUCUUCUCCUCCGACCCUCUCUCUCACCGUCUUUCAUCACCUUCUUCAACUCUUCAUCAUCUCGACCACACCUUUUCUCCUUCACAAAAGUAUUCUCCGCCACCAUCUUAUGAUGGAUCCGCCCAACAACCACAACAAUCUGUUCACCAUAUAAAUCAAUGA